AUGUGCGUUGCCCUUCUUCAUCCUCAAGAUUGCUUCACGGACAAAACUUCUCACCAAACAACAAUAACCUCUGGCGCUCUCAGAAUGAAAAUUUCCAAACCCAACCCUAAGCCUCUUCGAAGCAAUCGCAAGAAGCUAACCCAUCCAAACCCGCAAAACCGUUCUGAUCAGGCCCGGCCCACUUCCACCUCUCCCGUGAAACCGCAAGACAGUAACAAGCUAGUCAUGGGUCAGGUCAAAAUACUGAAACGCGGCGAACAGUUCCCCCAAGCGACGCCGAAUCGGCGCCCAAAGACGGCAACCGUCGAGAAGGAGUUAAGUUCAACUUCGACUCUGACGGACAAACCGGACGGACCGUACGCUGGAUAUUCCAUGUCGGUGAUUUCUCCCUCACCAAACUCCGUUCCGUUACCCCUUUUCAUCACUAGGAAUUUUGCGGCUCUAAGUGACGCCACCAGCGAGAUCCGCAAGAUUUUACGGAUCGAAUUUCCCUAA